AUGGCGGGCAACGACAAGGACCUUGAAAUCACCCACGUCGAGUCGAUAGUUGACAAUGACGCCGACAAGGCGAUCCGCACGGUCGGACACGACACGGCCGGUCUCGCCAUUAUCGAGCAGCAGACCGUCAUCCCGCUCACGGGUGACCGUAUUCCGACGAGCAAGUGGGAGUAUUUGACUUUCCUUAUCUUUUACUUCCAGAUCAAUGGGUCGCCCGUGGGCAGCCAGGGCGGCAGUCUCCGCAUGAAGCUCAUGACCAUGGCCUUCCCCGAUGGCUUCCUCCACUGGGGUGGCAGGAGGAUGCCGAUCAACUCGUACCUGCUCGACAUCAACGGCAUCAUCUUCGCCGUCAACCUCGUCAUGAUGCUCGUCAUGGGUGCGUGUGCCGACUACGGUACCUGGCGUCCCAUGAUCCUCAUGGGCGGAACUGCCUUGGCCACGAUCGCCACCUUUGCGCUCAUCGGCAUCACCCAGCCACACCUGUGGCAGGUUGCCAACGGCCUCGUCGUGGUCGGCUCGCUCGGUUACAACCUCUCAGUCACCUUCUACCAGGCGACGUUCCCCUCCCUCGCUCGCAACCUGCCAGAGGUCCUCAAGUCGGAGCAGGAGGUGUUGCUGGGAACCAAGACGCCGGAGGAACAUGACUUCCUGGAUCAGUACGAGCGGUCCAAGCUGUACAACUUGUCCAACAUCACCGGCUCGGCGCUCGUCGUCAUCUUCUACGCUGUCGCCAUCGGCAUCUCAUGGGGCGUGACCAAGAACAGCACGGCCGACGACGUUGUGAUCAAGGCGUACCAGGUCCUCCUCGGAUACUUUGGCGCCCUCAUCCUCCUCUGCUGCGUCCCCUUCUUCCUGGUCCAGCGCUUCCGCCCCGGCCAAGAACUUCCCGAAGGCCAGAAGCUCUGGCAGGUCGGCCCGACCCAGGUCUGGCGGGCUGUCAAGGACAUUCGUCACCUCAAGCAUGCGCUUCUUUACCUUAUCGCGUACGCUCUCAUCUCCGAGGCUGCGGGCACACAGUGGGGCAUCACCUCCCUCCUCCAAGCCGAGCACAUCAACUUUGACCCGGUCAAGAACUCGGCGUUCAACCUCCUCGGCGAUGUCGCGGGAGGCACUGGCACGGUCAUUGUUCUGCUCCUCCAGAAGCGCUUCAAGAUCAAGAUCCGCUCCUUCAUGAUCUUUGGCGGAUGUGCUGCGAUUGGACCCAUCAUCUGGGGCGGUCUCGGCCUCUGGACGACCAAGAUUGGUUUCCACAACACUUGGGAAUUUUACGUUCUCCCGUGCUGGAACCUUCUCACCGCCGCCUGGGGCUCGUAUGCCAUCACCAUGAUCUCCGAGGUGGUCCCCGCGCCAAAGGUCUACCUCUUCUUCGCUCUUUUCAACACCAUCUCGCGCACUUCGGGCUUCACCGGACCGUUCAUCUGCUCGGCCAUCAUCGCCCGCGCCAACGGCAACAGCCGCGUGGCGUACUGGUUCCUCGUCGGCCUUGGCGCCCUCGGCGUCUUCUUCGCCUGCCUUGUCAACGUCGAGCAGGCCAAGAUUGACAACGCGAAAUUCCUGGAGCGCGAGGCCAAGGAGCUUUACUCGGACCGCCAGCGUGCCGAGCAGGCGCAACGCGUCGAGCUGGAGACUGUUGCUGUGAUUGAGAAGAGCUAA